GCGGCAGUGAAGCGGCUGCAGACGAGUUUUGUGGAGAGCGGGGUGAGUGCGGCGCUGCUGCGCUAUCUGAGCGACACGGGGCCGCUGCUGCUGCAGGACUCGUGGGACCUGCCGCGCAGCAACGACGACGGUGAGGCGGCACGGCAGCAGCUCAAGGCGGCCAACAGCGACGCACAGGCGAUGGCAGACAAGAGAUGCGACGCCCUGCGACACGCGUGCGAGCAGCUGGGGCAAGAUAGUGCAGACUUGCCGUCUGCCCAUGCCCACAUUCGCAUUGCCCACCUCCCACCACCACCCAUGCGGCCCAUUGGUCCACGUGUCAGAAGUGGAGAGGAUGGAGGAGCUCCACGUGGACGACCAGCUCAGCGCGCUCUCCAUCGAGGUACGCCUCUUUCCCUGCCCCAAUUCUCACUGCCCCAAUUCUCGCUGCCCCAAUGCUCGCUGCCCCAAUGCUCGCUGCCCCAAUGCUCGCUGCCCCAAUGCUCGCUGCCCCAAUGCUCGCUGCUCCAUUGCUCGCUGCUCCAUUGCUCGCUGCUCCAUUGCUCGCUGCUCCAAUGCUCGCUGCUCCAUUGCUUGCCUCUCCGCCCUGCUCGCUGCUCCUCGCUCCCCUCUCUGCACUGGCAGCUGGCAGCGCUGGAGGAGGCGGAGGCGGCGCUGCAGCAGGCGGAGGAGGCGGCGGGGCAGGCGACGUGCAGCGCACAGGGCGAGGGCUCCGAGGUGCGGGCUGGGUGUGUGUGGGCGCACGGGGGCCGGGGGCGUGGUGUGGGUGGCAGAGGGCUGGGGUGGCAUUGGGCAGAGGGUCCCUGGAGGGAAAUGCCGGAAAGGCAAGAAUGUAAUGGCAGCAGAAGCAGGACUUGGAAAAUGGAGGCGGCAGAGGAAGCAGUGGGUUGCACGAGGGCGGAGUGGCUCUCUGUAAGUGGUCAGCUCUUGCUGCUCGCUCCCUCAAGCACCUUAUACCCUGCUGCUCACACACACGUCCCCUCCCUCUGCCCCUCUCUCCCUCUCUUCAUCGCCCACCACCAGGCGGCGCAAGUGGCGGCGCUCACCCGAGUGAAGGCACAACUGGCGGCGUCGCUGCAGCGCUGCGCCGCCGCUGAAGGGCUCUCCUCGCACCUCGCUGCUGCUGCUGCUGCUGCUGCCACACAAGCUGUGAGACAAGGCCGCUGCUGCCUCUCGCUUCCCCACUCGUCCCCCGUGUCUCUCAUGCCUUUGCCCCCUUUGCACGUGCGCCUCACACCACUUCUCCUCUGUGCUGCACCCCCCCCCUCCCGUGCAGAGCGAGGAGCAGAGCCACCCCGCAGAGAGGCACACGAGGAGCGCCGGGUGAGUUGCUGCCACACACGCGGGCGUGCGUGGGUGGGGCUGGCCGCAUGCCGCUCACUGCCUCAUGCGCCAGUGGAUACGAACUGCACUUGCACACUCUCUUGCGCUGAUGCUCAUGCUUUCAUCCUCUGCCAUCCCCUCAUGCCGCCCUUCCUGCGCACCCAAAACCCUGCUCUCCUCAUUCAAGCAUUCCACCCUCUCAGUAAACCCUGCCCUUGCCCCCUCUUUCCCCUCCCCCUCCACGCACCCACUGUCCUACCCGCCCCUUGGCCCCAUGCAGCCCGUCACCCACCGCCACAUUCAGCGCCACUAGCAGCAUGUGCGCUGCGCUGCACGCCCCUCUCCUCUCCUCUCGUCCACAUGCCAUCACCCCCCUUCCCGUGCGCCGUUCCCUCCCCACCCUGCAGGAAGCCCCAGGACUCCCCCAACGCUCGCUCCCUCUGCGUCCCUCCACCCACGCUGCUGACAGGGGCCAACCAGCAGCAUCCAGGCGGAGCAGGAGUGCCGGUGGCAGCAGCAGUGGCGGAGGCGGCCUGUCUGCUGCGCCUGCUGGCGCUGCGCCGGGCACACAUGGCAAAUGCCCUCGCCACCGCGCCCUUUCCCCCCCGGUAUGCCACGUCCGCUGCAGCCUCUCCGUCCGCUCCAGCCUCUCCGUCCGCUCCAUAA